AUGGCAACUAGAAUCUCAAGCUUUGCCAUAUUUAUGCUAACAGUAAGCAUCUUAGUGUUAGGAAUUUCUGGUCAAUUACCAAACUGUGGUGGUAAUGUUUUUGGCAUUUUAACUAGUUGUAGAAGUUUUGUCGAAAAGGAUGGACCAGUAAAUCCACCAUUAGCAAGUUUAACAGCUUGUUGUGCAGCAUUAAAAGGUGCUAAUAUGUCGUGUUACUGCAAAUUUGUGACUCCUGAUAUUGAAAAUAGAAUCAGCAUGGAAAAAGCAUUGUAUAUAGCUAAUACUUGUCAACUUACAGAUGUUCCUAAAGAUAAAUGUGGAAGUUAUAUUGUUCCUCAUCCUCCUCAGUUUAAGGCUUGA